AUGUCUCAACCCGUCAGCGCUGCUGUCCUUCUUUGUGGCAACGCGCAAUCCGUCCCGGACACGGUCAACAACUGGCUUGGAGGGCUCUGUGCUGUCGGCACCUGCAGUAACGCAUCCCUUGCUUCUGUAGCAGCCACCGUUACCUCGGGAUGCGCCAGUGAUCUGAGCGCAUUCAAUGUCAGCGUCGGAGCUGGGCUGCAACAGACCAUCACCCAGAUCGUGCAGCAAGUGUAUCCGACCGCGCGCUCUAUCAUGUGCCUGAAAGACAAUGCAUCCAGCAAAUUUUGCGCCACCGAGAUGCUCAGCAGCAUCGAGACCCUUACAGGAAAACUGUCAGCCAGUAGCCUCAAUCUCCAGACUAUCUUGUCCGACUUCCAGAAUCUUGUCGCCAGCGCGGCCAAUUUGGCCUGCACCAACUGCACCAAGGCUGCAUUCAGCCUCGCAGCUCCACUGACGGCACAGUUCCCCCAGGCCUCCUCCGCCAUCGACACGUUGUGCGGCGCAGGUUUUGCUGGCAAGUCGAUAAUCUAG